AAAAAAGGGGUUAAAUGUAGGCAAUAUUAUUUACGGGCACAAAAAUUUUUUUCUUGCGAAGAUCCAUUCGUUUUGAAUACCCCUGUGUGAAAUUGUAAUCAAUGUCCGAUGAUAACAAUGAUAAGAUCCGUAACGUGUUGAUAUAGAUAUUGCAAAAACGUGCAUUUGUUCUUUUAUUUCAUAUUUUUUUACACUAUCCUCAUGGAUGCAAUUUUUAAUAACAUAUUUUAGCUUUUUAUCAAGAGAAUAUCUUUAACUGUUGUAUCAACAAGUCGACCGUCACUCCUGGAACUCCUAAAAUUCUUUCUUGAUGGCCUCUUGAAACCAGUCUUAUAGUAUUGGUUUCUAUGUCCGUAUUAUUAUGAUAUUAUUGAAUUAUUCAGUGUUUUUAUUAAAAUAUAUACUCGACGGGAAGGAUGUUCAACAAAAUGGAACUAACCAUUAAUAAGAGUAGUUCUGAAUUUAAUGACUAUUUGCAUUCACACAACAGUACAAAAAGAAAUAGUGGUUCAGCUGUGAAACGUUUGCAAGUUAAGCGCAACAAACGGUUCCUUGGCUUCAACAAGUGGUUCCGAAAAGAGCAUGAUUAUUGUUUGCCAAUCAAAAAACAAAAUGUUGUUAAAAAUGAUAAAGCUGAAACAAUUUAUAAUGAUUUUGAAGAAAUAAACAAAUCAUUGAAAUCUGAAUGUUUAUCAUUGGAUUGUUCUAAUAUAACGAAAAACCUGAAAGAAAUCAAUGUUAACAAUGAAUUAUCUAGUUGUAGUUUAUAUGCUAUUGAUGUCACAACAGAAUUACUGAAAGAUGCUCUUAAAGAAAAUAAAAAAAAACAACCCAUCUAUGAACAGUCUGUGGCUAUAUCAAAAGACUGUAUUCAUUCUUCUGGAGGUAAUGGUUCAAGCAGUCUAAGUAAAUACCAUGGUAAUCAAGAUGAUACAAUGCCAAGAUUGAACAAUGAAAAUAUCAAACAACCAAGUGAUGAAGAAAAAAAAUCUUGUAUUUUAACAGAAUCUACACCAACAACAUUAUUUUCUCCUACGGAUAUAGAUAGUGAUAUGAUUAAAUUAUUUCCAACUCUAGAUUACUCAAUGGAACAUAAUUUAAAUGAAAAACAAGAAAACAUUGAAACUAGAAACACUGACAUUAAAACUAUAUCCCAUGAAAAUACUGAAGGGAUCGUUAAUAAAGAUGGAAUAACUUUAUUUUGUCCAUCAUCUGGAUCUUCACUAGAAAAAAAUAUAUUAAAUAGUAAGUGUAAAGUUGAUGAUGUUCCACCUAUUAAGCUACCAAAUGAUACACAGAAACUAUUUACUGCCGAGCCAUAUUCAACAAAAAAUCUUAUGCUAGAAUCUGAACAAUAUAUAAAUAUAUUUAAUCGUUACCAGGGAAAAUCAAAAGAACAAUUUUUUGAACAGGUCGAACACCCAGAACCUAUAUUAUUAAAAGAUCUUCUUUGUGGUUCAAAACCUAAAACUAUUAUUAGUCCUUAUACUCAUAGGUAUUUGAAGCCAUACAUAUUUAGAGAUCCAGUAACUAAACCACUAUGGUUACAAAUGUUAAAAGAAUUAAAAGAAUAUUUUAGACGUAAAAAAGGAUUACCAAAUCGUAUGGAGGAAGUUGAAACGAUUGAUUAUAGUUACGUUCGAGCAAAACACAUAAAAUCUGUAAAUGCAUUAGCAAGACAAUUUUUUUGGCCUGGUAUCGAUUUAACUGAAAGCCUGUUAUAUCCAGACUUUAGUGUUAUUGCAUUAUACAAGAACUUAGUGAUUGGUUUUGGUUUUAUGGUUCCUGAUAUUAGCACAAAUGAGAAUUAUAUUACAUUUUUAUUCACUCGUCCUUAUUGGACUAAUAGUGGUAUUGCCACAUUUAUGAUAUAUCAUUUAAUUCAGACAUGUAUGACUAGAGACAUUACAUUACAUGUUUCUCCUGACAAUCCAGCUAUGAUACUCUACCAAAAAUUUGGAUUCAAAAUUGAAGAAUUUGUGCAAAAUUUUUAUGAAAAUUAUAUUCCUGCAGAGUCAAAAAUGUCUAAACAUGCUUUGUUUUUACGUUUACGAAGUACUUUUAAAAGAAAAUAAAUAAUAAGUUCAUUCUUUCUAAGUGGUUUUAGUCUUUUACAGACUAAUUAUGUUAAUGUUUAUAUGUGUGAUUAUAUUUUUGUACGAUAUAAAAUAAGUAUUUUAUUAUCUUUCAUUUAACCUUGUAUGUUCUAAAUCAUAACGGCAAUGUAAAAGUAU